GCGUACAUCAAGUGCCCCAAGAACUGCCCCAUCGGUGAUGACGACGACGACGAGAAGGCGUCGCCCGUCCUGAUGCUGCACACGCUGGCCGUGGCCGCUGCGUACACGUACCGCACCACGGUCGCCAGCGGCUCGCUAUACGAUUUCGAGCAAGGUACCUCCUGCACACAAACGCCACACACACACACACACACACACACACAUCCACCCACCCCUCCCACACAGCGACGCCUCUCUUUCUCUCUCUCUUCUCUGUGUGCAGAGUUCAGCGACGCCAUCGACGCAAACGACAAGGACGCCGUCCAGCUGUGGGCUGCUCUCGCCAAGGCUGAUCACCAGUCAGCUCUGGGCAAGCUCCUCAAGAGCGUGGACCCCAAGAAACUCGACAUCAAGAAGGCCAAGGAGAUCAAGAAGAAGCUGGACAAGAAGUGAUUCCACACACACACACACACACACAUAUCUCUUCAUCGGUCAUUUUGCGU